GAACUGUUUAAAGGGAAAGAAAUGUUUUCAAGCUAUAACAGACAUAUUUUGUAACAUUUCGCUGUGUGUACUCAGCUGUUUUGAUUUAUAUAAUUAAGAUUAACUAUUUAAAACACAACAUCGUUUUCGUAAGCAAACAGAAUCAAAUAACAAGCGAAAACCGACAUAUACAAGAACGUAAACAUGUUUUACAUGUCACUGGCUUUUUCGGGAUAAGAGAGGUGCAGAAGGCUGUGAACACGGCUCAAGGGCUUCAUCAGAGAUGGAUGGAGCUGCUACAGGACCCGGGUGGAGCCAGCAAGGAGGAGGUGGACUGGACCACCAAUGAGCUUCGAAACAGUUUGAGGUCCAUUGAAUGGGACUUGGAGGACUUGGAUGAGACUAUCAGUAUUGUGGAGGCCAAUCCAAAGAAGUUCAACCUUGAUGCGGUGGAGUUGGCCAAGAGGAAAGCCUUCAUCACUAGCACAAGGCAAACAGUCAGAGAGAUGAAAGACCACAUGACUAGUCCCAUGGCUGUUACAGUGUCAGAGAAGAAAAAUCGACAGACUUUAAUGGGGGAUGGUGGGUCUCGUGGCCCAAUCUGGCAACCCAGUGCUGAUAAGUAUACUAGACUGGACAAGGAGCUGCAGACGGCAAACUCACAAUUCAUUGAGGAACAACAGACCCAGCAACAUCUAAUAGCAGAACAGCAAGAUGAGCAGCUAGAGUUAGUGUCGGGAACUAUUGGCGUCUUGAAGAACAUGUCUCAAAGGAUCGGCCAAGAGCUGGAUGAGCAAGCUGUAAUGCUGGAUGACUUUUCUCAUGAGAUGGACAGCACUCAAUCCAGGCUGGAUAAUGUCAUGAAGAAACUGGCUAAAGUUUCUCACAUGACCAGUGAUCGAAGACAGUGGUGUGCUAUCGGCAUUCUUCUGGCUAUCCUGUUUGUCGUGAUCAUCCUCUUCAUUGUUCUGUGAACAGCACUCCGCUACAGCUCUCCCGCCUGCGUACGUUCACUCCAACUGCGUGGAAGGGAGAGAACGAGCAACAAAACCCUUUCAUCUCCAUCUCUAGUCAAUCAUACGGUAGAAUUCUGCUCCUUUUUUGCUUUCUUAUAAGCAGCCCAGACUGAAAACAAACACUAAGCACGGGCUGUUUUUUUGCAAACGCAUUCCAGUUUAGGCGAUAAUACGAUCUGAAUCAUUUCAUAAGAGUUGUCAUUAUCCAGGGUAAAUCAUUUCUUUCAAAUGGACCAUGACUCUUAACACUUAAGCAGCUAAAAUAAUUAAUAAGUCUAUUUUUUUCUAGUAGUACUAGAAAAUAUUGCCUACGUUAUUUCCUGUACACUGCUUUAACAGUUUAGACCACUGUAACUAAUCAGCACUAACUAUAAAUUUACUAAACACUGGAGUUUAAUGAACCAGAUACUGUUUAAGCGGGUAUGUUACUGAUCAUACUAAUGAGAAUUCGUUAUUUACUGUCUGUGUUUAUUUUUGUUUGCGUGGUUUACUUUUUUUUACGUUACUAGUGAGAUUUAUUCACACGCACUGCGCUUUGAAAAUGGAUGGAAUCGUGUUUUUAACGAAAACGUUGAUGUUAAAAGCUUCGGAUAACUGCCUAAAAGUCUCCGAAUAGUUUAGCAAUUGAAACUGAUUUAACCUGAUUUACAAAAAAUUCUUUAGUGAGCAUCAAAUUUGUAAAUUGCGUGACAAUUGGUUAUUAAUCUGUAAAAAGUCCAAAAAAGAAUCACUUCAGAUGGAAGUGAAGUUUUGGACCAAAUGCUAUUUUUUAGUAUAAAAAACUAAAUUUGACAACUAAUGGUUAAGUAAUUAAAGGGAUAGUUCAUCCAAAAAUGAAAAUUUGUUAUCAUUUACUCACCCUCAAGUUGUUCCAAACCUGUAUGAGUUUCUUUUUACUGAAAAAAUAUAUUUUGAAGAAUGAUGAUAACCAGAAAAUUCACCGUACCCAUUGACUUCCAUAGUAUUUUUUGUCCUACUAUAGAAGUCAGUGGCUACCGUCAGCUGUUUCGUUGCCAACAUUCUUUAAAAUAUCAUCUUUUAUGCUGAUAAUUUUUCAUUUUUGGGUGAACUAUGCCUUUAAGUCCUGUGAGGUAUAGGUCACUAUCUAGCCAGUGCCUUAGCACAGAGGAGGGUGAAGUUACAUUUCAUUUUAGGACGCCAGGCACGCGUGACAGCUUUAGGUUUCAGAAAGUAUGUUCAGACAAUAUUUAUCAUUCAUAUUUUUUACAAAUUGACGGUUUGUGGUGUAUUUCUACUGCUGACUCAAAUGGUGGUAUGAAGCUGCAGUCACUAAUAUGAAAAUUAUUGUAUUUUUUGUUUGUUUUGUUUUUUUGACAGCACAACACUACAUAUUCUGUGUAAAACUUGUAUCUUACUGGGUAUUAUUUGUAUAGUUUUUGUUUUGUUUGUAUUUUGUUUCAAUGAUCUCUUGGGUGAAUCACACAAAGAAAUCGAAAGAAAAAAAUGUGAAAUUACAUUUUGCAUAAGAAAAUACUUUUUUUUUUUUUUGCAUUAUUUUUAUGACAUUAUUGUCAUGCCAAUUAAGCACAUUUGUCAUUACUGUAAUGUGAAAAAAAUACAUAUUUUUAUUUAAUAUAGUAAUAAAACUAAUCUUGUCUGGACAGUUAUUUUUUUUUAUUAAAACAAGCUUAAAUUAAAUACAUCAAAUAUUAUCUUGAUGUGUAUAUAUAUUUUUCUUUAUAAUUUUUUUUUUUUUUUCACAUUAUGGUAAUGAGAAUUGUUAAUUGGCCAUGAGAAAUGCUUAAUUAUAAUAAUAUGUAAAUAAUGUCAUAAUGCGGGGAAAAAAAAUGUUAUCCUAAAAAUAGGCUUAAUUUUCUUAAGUCAAAAUAUAAUUGAUUUUAUGUUUUUUAAUGUGAAAUAUGACCUGGAUGUGUUUUUGACAGACUUUGUCUGAUUUACCCUUUCUGUUUUUGAGCAAUCACACCACUUGUUUUUCAAAAGCUCGAGGAGGCUUUACAGUGUUUUUAUCUCAUCAUUUCUGUUGGCUCAUAUAAUAGUGUUCCAGCUGAUUCUGACUGCACUCAGUCACGUGAUGCAGUACGUCGGCUCUGAUCGGUUCGAAGUAUGAAUGAAUUGAUUAUGCAAUUUUACGAUACAAAUGAAAAUAUACAAUUGCACAGUUGUGUCACUGUUUUUGAGUCGCAGUGACGGAGCAGAGAGAUCAAGGUAGUGAAGGGGCUCAUAAACGCUGUUCUUCCUAAUUGUGUGAAUUUCAAUUGUACGUGUUUGUUUGCAGUGUUUGUUUGCUCCUGAAGAGAAUGCAAGUAUUUUUUUUACCCUCCAUUGUUUCUCCUCGUCCCUCAGAAAACUGUCAAACCACCCCUCAGUUUGUCACUGUGUGAAACUCUGAGCCCCAUUAAAAUAAUCAUUGCAAAA